CAAUUUUUAAUAUUGAUUGUUAAUAAACAAUUUAAACCAUCAUUUGUUACAUUUAAAGUGGGCUGUAAAGUUGAUGUUUGCACUUGUUUUGAUAUUUGCGCCAAACAAGUGUCCGACACUAUCUAGUUUUAGGAAGCAAUGAUAUAAGAUGAACAUAUUUCGUACUUAAAAAGCCAAGGAUGUACGGCUAAAAAGUAAAAGCAGUCAUCAUGAGUAAAGUGAUAUUAUGUCUGUAUUUGUUAUAUUACGUCCGUGCAUCAGCACAGUUGAUAGCGACUAACAAUUUCACUUUAUACCCAGACCUGGACGACAAAGUAUUUACUACUUCUCUUAUAGGAGAAUAUGAUGCGGCGUCUCUGGGUGUUUGCUCAGCGAUCUGUGGUCAAAGUUGUGGCUGUUUCGGAUUUAACUCUCGGACCAAGAAAUGUCGUCUUCAUGACACGUGUUCUGAAAGUUCCAUUAUCGCUGUAGUCGAGGCGAAUUGGAGGUACUUCCUGGCUGCUGCCUUUACAGGUGGACAAUCAAAAGUUGAUAGUUUGGCAAUGGACUGUAAAGAGCUGUGUGAAAGAGGACAUACAAUAUCCGGUUCCUACUUGAUUUAUCCCUAUAAAAAUAAUGUGUCCCUGGAAGUUUACUGCGAUAUGGAAACUGCUGAUGGAGGGUGGACCGAGCAGUUAGUUUUAAUCAAGAAUUGGGCUGCUUAUAAGACUGGGUUUGGAACAAUACAAGAAUCUCACUGGAUCGGGAAUGAGGUCAUCCAUCAACUAACAAAGGGCAAUGACUCCUCCUUAUAUCUGUCUAUCACGCUUAACAAUAGUACAACGAUGUAUGAAAUGUAUCAAAACUUCUCUGUGUCCGACGAGACAGAUAAGUUUCGUUUGUUCCUCGGGGGAGCAGCAACAGGAACUCUAGGAGACAGCAUGUUGAAUACAGGGUCCAGUGAUAAAGACCUGUCUGGUAUAGCGUUCAGUACACACGACAGUGACGCCGACUUACACGCGGGAAACUGCGCAGACCACAACAAAGGAGGGUGGUGGUAUAACACUUGUCAUAACGCCUUCCUCAACGGACCGUGGAACUCAGACACGUGGGGGAGACCCUGGUAUCCAACCAUCCGUAACGGCGCAAAUAUCGCGGAAACCAGAAUGAUGAUUAGACGACGUUAACAUAUCCCCAAGUGUA